CAACACCCCUCAAAACUUCAUAUAAAAGCCCAAUGUUUUCCAAACCCUCAAACCUACAUACACAACUGUUACAAGUCGUCAAACAAAACGCUCUCUUCACAUCCUCUCAACGUGCUCGUUCAAACAACAACAACGCAACAAUAAUGUCGCCAUCAAGGACUUUGGUGCUUUGGUCGCUUCUGCUGCUUCUGCCGUUGAUUGUUUCUCUCCCAUUCGACAACCUGAACAAACAUGGGCUUGAACUUGCUGAACAUGCAGAGGGACCCCAAAUGGACCCUGAAGACGAAAAAGUAAUGGGCGAGGCGGAGUCUGCGGUCGACAACUUCAAGAUGCCAUCAAUUCCACCGAAAGUGAUACCUGCUGGUGCUAGGAAGGGCCUGGGAAAAGCAAGGAAGGCAUUUGGAAAACAUCUUGACGAAGAACUUCAACAAGACGAGCCGCCGCCGCAGAAUCCACAACCGAAGGAAGGUGACCCAGCAAAGAAGCCUGAGGGGGAUGGUGAUCAACCGAAAGUGCCUGAAGGAGAAACGACGCCAACUCCGGAUCCAACGGACCCGCCUCCAUCAAAUAAGACAGUGAACCAAGGAGGAGGGGUAAAUUUUAACUUUUCUUCUUUCUAAUCUUAAUUUAAUUUUGAAUUUUAACAGGGCGGAAAUGAUACAGAGACAACGCCACCAGUUUCGGGCAACUCUACCACGUCUGGGCCUGAGACUACAUCAGAAGGCGCACCG